UGCUAUUAAAGCACCUAUGUUAGCUUAUAGUCAUGAAGCACUUGGCUCUCCUGAAAAUACUACCCAUCAUUCUUUUGAUAUACAUAAUAAACAACCUGGUUUCUUUAAAGAUACUAUUAUUUUAUCUAAAAGUGUUAGAGCAACUGAGCUUGAUUUAGAAGAAGGGAAAGUAUUAGAAAAAUCACUAUAUAAAGCCCCCACCUUGACUUAUUUGAAUCAUGGCUUAUACCCACCUCAAACUCAUUAUUCCUUUAAUGUAAAUAGGCUAGCCAAUCCUUCCAAUAAUAAUUUAUAUAAAAACAUUAAAAUGAAUGAAUCUACUUCUUUAAGUAAUAUAAAUGAAACUGGUUUUUUUGUAAGUAGUAAUUUACCUAAUAGCACUAAUUUAAACCCAUAUCAGGCUUAUUGGUCUGUAAAUAAUACAUUUGAAAGUACUGUUACCAAAGAACAUUGUGCUAGUAAACCAGAUUUUAUAAAUACUUGUAUUGAAGAUAAUUAUGUUUCUCAACAAAUUCAUCUUAAUUCACUUUUAUAUAAUAUAUUAUAUGAUAGUAUUAAAGAAGCUUGA